AUGUACGAAGUCGAACCUCUACAGGAGUACGAGCUAGUAUCUCAACUGCGUGUUCCUGGCUGGGAGCAGAAUCCAGCUUUAUGGCCUGCUCCCAUCCCUGAUGCAAGUCGUAACUAGAACUCGACAGUUCUAGCUACUCAGAGGCUACUUAUGGGGCUGAUCUGUAAGGCAUCCCCUUACAGUGA